AUUUUUGAAGAGGCACAAAUUUUGUCGUGACAGGAGUGAGACUGCUCCCUGUCCAUUGCUGCAUGGUCCCAGUCUGGGAAUGGGAGGUGCUCUAUAAACCCCAGCAGUUUUGACAGACACACUUAUCUGAGAAAAUCAUGGUGAUUUUCUAUUAGCUGUGGGUCUGUGGAAUAGAUUUGAACUUCUUUUGGAGAGGCACAAUUUUUUUUGUCAGGAAUGAGACUUUUUUCUGUCUAGCAGUGCACAGCUCUGUGUCUAUUUGCAAGGAGGAAGUGAUAUAAAAACGUCAAUACGAUUACAAGAAAACAAAAUAAUAAUGAAGAACGGCAAUUUCCUAUUACCUGUGGGUCUAUUUAUCUCAUUUCACCUCGUUUUGAGGAUGUACAAAUUGUUGUGCUAUAAAUGUGAUCCUGGUUCAGAAUUAUUUUUUCCCGAGGCAGGUUUUAGGGUACUUUUAUUUUGAAAGGCGCUGCCAAGCCAGCGUCGCUCAAUGUAGUUUGCAUCACGCUGCUGUGUUGGUGUUGAUGUGUUAUCAUGGGCUCUCUUCCGGCAGGCUCAAAACAAAGGACUAAAUCCUUUUCAAUUAUCCUCGUUUUUUUUGCACGCAAACGUAAAACAGACGUUUGUAUAAUAUUUUUUCCACAAGUCGUUGAUGAAAUAUUUUUUUUAAAAGCUGGAAAACGACACACACAAAAGAUUUGGCUUCCGUGCUGCGACGAAGAAACUCCGGUCGCAGAGAGUGAGGCCAGGGAAGGAUAAAGCCCCCGACCGCAGCCCCAUGAUGGAGGGAGGAAUGCAGCUCCUGAACCGCGACGGGCAUAGCGUCUCGCACAACUCAAAGCGCCACUACCAUGACUCUUUCGUGUCCAUGAACAGGAUGCGGCAGAGGGGUCUGCUGUGUGACAUCGUGCUGCACGUGGGAACCAAGGAAAUCAAAGCCCACAAGGUUGUCCUGGCCUCCUGCAGCCCCUACUUCCACGCCAUGUUCACAAGUCACCUGGUGUGGUGUCUUUCCCUGCUCCCCCCCUCCCCCCUGCACCUCAAUCUAGAGCAGUGUUGGGGCGAAAUGUCAGAGAGUCGGCAAACUCACGUGACCCUGCACGACAUCGACCCCCAGGCGCUGGAGCAGCUGGUGCAGUACGCCUACACUGCUGAGAUCGUGGUGGGAGAGGGCAACGUCCAGACCCUGCUCCCCGCUGCCAGCCUGCUCCAGCUCAACGGCGUGCGGGACGCCUGCUGCAAGUUCCUCCUCAGCCAGCUGGACCCCUCCAACUGCCUGGGCAUCCGGGGCUUCGCGGACACGCACUCCUGCAGCGACCUGCUCAAGUCGGCGCACAAGUACGUCCUGCAGCACUUCGUGGAGGUCUCCAAGACGGAGGAGUUCAUGCUGCUGCCCCUGAAACAGGUGCUUGACCUGAUCUCCAGUGACAAUCUGAACGUCCCUUCGGAGGAGGAGGUUUACAGAGCUGUGCUGAGCUGGGUCAAGCACGACAUCGACGGGCGCAGGCAGCACGUUCCCAGGCUGAUGAAGUGCGUGCGGCUGCCCCUGCUGACGCGGGACUUCCUCAUGAGCAACGUGGACACGGAGCUGCUGGUGCGGCACCACUCGGAGUGCAAGGACCUGCUCAUCGAGGCCCUCAAGUACCACCUGAUGCCCGAGCAGCGCGGCGUGCUGAGCAACAGCCGGACCCGGCCGCGCCGCUGCGAAGGUGCCAGCCCUGUGCUCUUCGCCGUCGGGGGGGGCAGCCUGUUCGCCAUCCACGGGGACUGCGAGGCCUACGACACGCGGACCGACCGCUGGCAUAUGGUGGCUUCCAUGUCGACGCGGCGAGCCAGAGUGGGCGUGGCCGCCAUUGGGAACAAGCUGUACGCCGUCGGAGGGUACGACGGCACCUCAGACUUGGCCACUGUGGAGUCAUACGACCCCGUGACCAACUCGUGGCAGCCUGAGGUUUCCAUGGGAACGCGGCGCAGCUGUCUGGGCGUGGCUGUGCUGCACGGGCUGCUCUACGCUGCAGGGGGCUACGACGGAGCUUCCUGUUUGAACAGUGCUGAAAGGUACGACCCCUUAACAGGCACUUGGACUUCCAUCGCUGCUAUGAGCACCAGGAGGAGAUACGUCCGGGUGGCAACAUUAGAUGGGAAUCUCUAUGCUGUGGGUGGAUAUGACAGUUCUUCACACUUGGCUACAGUGGAGAAAUAUGACCCUCAGACCAACACCUGGACGUCUGUCGCCAACAUGAUCAGCCGCCGCAGCAGCGCGGGCGUGGCCGUGCUGGAGGGGAUGCUGUACGUCGCCGGGGGCAACGACGGCACCAGCUGCCUCAACUCCGUGGAGAGGUUCAACUACAAAGCCAACACCUGGGAGAGCGUGGCCCCCAUGAACAUCAGAAGGAGCACCCACGACCUGGUGGCGAUGGACGGCUGGCUGUACGCAGUGGGCGGCAACGACGGCAGCUCCAGCCUGAACUCCAUCGAGAAGUACAACCCCCGCACCAACAAGUGGAUGGCCGCCUCGUGCAUGUUCACGCGCCGCAGCAGCGUGGGCGUGGCCGUCCUGGAGCUGCUGAACUUCCCCCCGCCGUCCUCCCCCACCCUCUCCGUCUCCUCGACCAGCCUUUGACAAAGAGUGAAGUCCCGGCUCGCCUCCGCCGGCCUGCCCUGCCUGGCCAAGAGGCGGAACUGCUCCGUGUGACGGGGGGCGGGGGGGUGGGGGGGGACACACGCCGCGCGCCGUGGGGUCCUCCGCGGCUCGGGCGCGCGGGCUGCCCUAAGUGGACAACUCGAGGCAUUCCUCGGACAGGUCACAGUCCAGAUAAAGAGGAAGACGACUGCCUCUGUUGGAAGGCACUGUCGACUUGGCUCUUAAA